AUGCCUUUAAGCCAAAUCAACCCAGAUUUCUUAAAAGAGACAGAGAGAGAAGCUCUAGAUCAGCAAAAGCCCAUUGGAGUGCAAUUCGUGGAGCCAUCUAAUAAGGUCUAUAUGAUGGUUUUAAGGCAAUGGUACAUGCCUAAGGAAUCAGGGAAGAAAAGCUCUUCAUAUGUUCUAAGAAUAAAUUGGAACAAUGCAGUUGCAGCAAAUGAUCUGAAGAUUACUACUGUGGUCCAAAUUUGGUCUUUCCGAGUUGCUAACCAAGAAGAUCUCUGCAUGGCUCUUGUUGUGGUUGAUAAAGAAGGGAGCAAAAGUAGCGGCAAUAGCAAUGACAGAGAGGGAGGAAGUAAUAGCAGCUGA